AUGUUUCCAACCUCUGGGCUGUUCCAGGAAUUUGUUUGCCCUAUGUUUAGUGCUGGCUCGUGCGACAGACCUUACUGUCACUUCAGCCACGCCAAUCCGGAUUCAGCGCCUUCGGAUACGGUCGUUUCAAAGACCUUUCCAGAUUCAGCCACCCCCGUCUAUAAACCAACACCCAUUAGUUUACUGGAAAAGCGCGAAACGGAACAUUCAAUCCGGCCUACCGUAUCACAUCCCAAGCUGUCAAAUGGAACAGAGACAACUCGUUCCGCCUUACCCAUUCCUGUUUACCAGCCCACUCCAAUCAGGGAACUGGAGAAAUAUGCUCCCAGCUCCAUAACUGUUCCCGGUAUCGAUGUGGAAGACAAAGACAAGUCUUUUAUUCGCCCUUCAGAGCCCCCGACAUAUUCUCCCGUCGUUCGCCUCAAGCCUAACCGGAUCGAUCCCCCACCCACACCGAGUUACCUCGGACCUUUCGUGUACCAGCCUUCACCAGCAUAUCCUCCCAUGACCGAUGAUCGUGUGUCCAAACCUUUUAAUCCGUCCAUAGACACAGCCACAGCCCCGACCAGUGAUGGUGCUGAAUCCGAAAUUUUCAGCCCAAGUAGUUCGAGUGAAAAAGAUGAUAAGCAGAACCUCGCUGCUGGUACGGAGCUUAAUUCUCAGGAGAAAAAGCUGAAGCGUAAACAAUCUGUGAGCCAACCCGAGUUAAAAAGCCCCAACCCACCUAUGUCAUGUGACAACCGUGUCAUCAAGGAUGAACCCGAGGAGACCGAAAAUGCUGAUGCCAUCAAGCGUCAGAAACUGCUCUCUUUGUAUAAAGACCUCUACGGCGAUCAGCCACUGUCUUCAAAAGCCGCAUCUGAUACCUCUGUUUCGUCAAAGACGAAAUCUCUUGGGCAUCAGCAAACCAGCAUCGCGCCCUAUUUAGGAAGCCCGCUGCCGAAAAGUACGCAGAGAGAGACAACUACUGUGGCAAAGGACGACGAGUUGUGCCCGGACCGCAUCUCUGAACCACCGGUUGCAUUGGUGCCUCGGCCACGAGUUCCUCUAUAUAAAAGUGACAAGAUUCCAAUGCCUAUUCGUACCCGCUACUUGGAUCAAUUCAUCGAAGAAUGCCUUGUCAUUUACGAGUGCCCCAAUGAUGCCUAUGAACGGGCACUCACAGAUGAACAGACCUGUCAUGACAAGGCCACUAGUCGAAUGGCGUAUUUGAACGCUGUCAUUCAUUGUUUGAAGUCACUCAAAAAUGAGAAACUGAAAGUUCAGAGCGAUGGGGUGAAAAAACUCGGACCCUCUUCUCUACGCAAGCCUCCGGGGCCAAAAAGUGAUAUGAACUCUCAGCAAACGGAACAACUCAAGACUGAGCAGGAAUUACUCGAAGAAAAGUUAAGCGAGGCAGUUCAAGGAAUGGGCGUCAAAAAAUCGAAGGUUGUACCUAGUCGAAGCAAUUCUGAUGUCAUUGCACAUGAUUUAAUUGAUUCUGAGGUUGUAAUGGACUCCAGUGUUGAGGCUACUGCUCAAACAAAGGCAGCUGCUAAUACCGUUGCGGGCCCUAACUUGUCUAGGUCGCAACGCAAGCGUUUAAAGAAAGUCCUUACAAAGAAAGCUAGAAAAGAGCAGAGAGCGAAACAGCCACAAGAAGAAGAGCAGGAACCACCGUUGUCACCAGCCAUCGUUCUUCCUAAGAGGGCUUGUUUCGUCUCACAAUUAGACACUGAGGAAAAGCGUUUCUCUGCUGCUAUGUCUCGUCUUGCUGAAACACACCAACACGUGUUGAAAAUUCAACCGGUACCUCAUAUUUGUCCAACGGGCCUGCUGAGAGACCUAUGCCCUUUGGCAGUCAAUGUUCGACUACCUACAACUUCACGUGCAGGCUAUGCGUUCCUUCAAUUCCGCAAUCAACACGAACUUGAGGUCGCUCAGAAGCAGUUGGUUUCGAAAUCGCUGAACGGGAAACCCCUGAAGGUUGAACCGGCUACAACUACUCGAAACGAGCGUAAGCCUUCGGACUUCGAAUGGACUACGCUCUUCGUUACUCGUCUUCCCCGAGCUACCACACGUAUAGAAUUGGGCCAGUUGUUUCGCAAAGCUCAUCGCAUUCGUCUAAUCAGCUAUGAUGAUGGAUCCUGCAAAGGCUCCUGCUUUCUUUUCUACAAAUCACCGCAAGACGCUCUGCGGGCAUUUGAAUCGCGCCAUGGGACAUUUAUUCACGGAGUCCCAAUCUAUGUGAAUUUUGCACUCAAGCAACCGAACAAACCCAACGCCUCCUCUAUUCUCACACCAGAUGAUCUCGAUGGUGCGACCGAGCGAACCUCUGUCAAGCGUUCCGCUCCAAUGGUGGACGUUUUGGAGGAUGGCAUUACUGCUGAACCACCAGUCAAGCAGGCGCGUGUCGUUGAAUCAACGAAAGAAACAGAAUUUCUGAUUGAUCGAGCACCCGGCAAAAAGCGGGAAACGCCAACAUCCAAUUUAUCUAAAAAGUCCAACUCUGAGGCCACGAAUCGACGAGCCGAUCAACCGCAUCCAAAGUUGCUCAGCAAGCACCAGUUGAAGCGGAAAGUUCUCAUCCCGCUGGCCACGUGCAUUUACAAAUUGUUGUGA